AUGGAUGUUUCUCAAAUUGACUCGAUUAAGAUAAGGUUACCCUUUGAUUCGGUCGUAGUGAAUUCAUCGACUGAUAUAUGGGUAUUUUAUAAUACCCCCAUAGUGUGUGCUGUACUUGGUAAUUCUUCACAGCACAUAACGAUAUCUGUCCAGCAUCCUUGGCUGACCCGGCCCUUGUGUUUUUCCUUUGUGCACGCUAAAUGCACCUUGGAGGAGCGGAGGACUAUGUGGCAGGACUUAUUGGUGGAUAAACCUGAUUCAAUGGCAUGGUGUGUGUGUGGGGAUUUUAACGUCAUUGGGGAUCCUAUUGAGAAGCGUGGAGGUCGGCCUUUCACUACUUCUGAAGGAUUGGAAUUACUAUCCUUUAUGGAGGAGGCCGAAGUCUUUGAUGCGGGUUUCUCUGGGGCUAGUUUCACUUGGUGCAAUAAUCGGCAAGGACGGGCUAGAAUCUGGAAGCGAUUGGACAGGGUACUCGUCAAUGGUGGGUUUGCUGAGGGAGCACCAACAUUAGCGGUGGUCCACCUGGCACGUCACCCAUCGGAUCAUGCGCCGCUCAAGAUUUCACUCUCUUCGCGCAUGGGAGGAGACUCCUGGAGCACCUUUGCGGGCUCUUUGCUCCAGGCUCCUGUCACUAGGAGGGCCAUUCAAGAUUGGAAUAAGGGGGUCCUUGGGAAUGUAUUUGAGAAUGUUCGGAGGGCAGAGGAGAAGGUUUUAGCUGCGGAGAACCGCACGGAGGUGGAUGCCUCUACGGAGGCUCAGGUCGAGCUGAAUCAAGCCCAGGCUGAGCUACGGAAUGCACUUUUGAAUGAGGAGAAGUUUUGGGGACAGAAGGCUAGAGUCAAGUGGCUUCGUUUCGGAGAUAGGAAUUCUAGAUUUUUCCAUGCAACUGUUCAGCAACGUAGAGCUCAGGGGGCGAUCCACAGAGUGAAGAAUGAGAAUGGUGCAUGGGUAGAGGAUGAUGAGGGGAUAGCAGCUGUGGCUGUAAGAUACUUUACGGACAUGUUCUCGGUUGCUGUUGAGGGGACUUCGAGAGAGUGGGCCCAUCUAAUUCCAAAUGUUGUUACCCAGGCAGAUAGGAUGGCUCUUGAAGCUUGUCCAACGAUUGAAGAGGUGAAACGGGUGGUGUUUGAGAUGGAUGGGGAUAGUGCAGCAGGCCCAGAUGGCUUCACCGGUCAAUUUUUUACAUUUGCAUGGGACAUUAUUGCGCAAGAUGUUUAUACUGCUGUUUUAAGCUUCUUUUGUGGGGCAGAGUUGCCUCGCUUUGUGACCUCUACAUCCAUUGUCCUAAUUCCCAAAGUGCCUAACCCUCAGGAUUUUUCUAAAUUUCGUCCGAUUAGUUUGUGUAAUUUUUUCAAUAAGGUGUUGUCUAGGAUUUUGGCUGAUCGGUUGGCAGCCAUACUGCCCAAGGUUAUAUCUCCUCAGCAGACAGGGUUCGUCAAGGGCAGAAACAUCACAGAGAAUUAUCUCCUAGCCCAGGAGCUUCUGUCGGGGAUCAGACACAAGUCUAGGGGGUCAUUAUCAAUGGGGCAUCGUAUGGAUUUUUCAAAUCGAGUCGGGGCGUCCGCCAGGGCGAUCCGCUAUCGCCAGCGUUAUUUGUCAUUGGAGCUGAGGGGAUGUCCUCCGGUUACUCACCUAGCCUUUGCGGAUGAUGUACUUAUAUUUGCGAAUGGCUCUGCCAGAUCUUUAAAAGACAUUGUACAGGUGUUGGAGAUGUAUCAAAGGGCAUCUGGUCAAUUGGUAAAUGCCCAGAAAAGUGGAUAUUUAGUGCACCCAUCAGUGUGUCUCUCUCGCCGAAGGGUAAUAGAGCGUAUUACAGGUUUUCCAAGGCAACAGUUCCCGGUUCGGUAUCUGGGGUUUCCGCUUUAUGUUGGCAGAUAUAAAUCCGCGUAUUUUGGGGAGGUGUGUCAUUCCAUCUCAGCAAGAAUCCUUUCUUGGCGGUCAAAGCUUUUGUCACCUGGGGGGAGGUUAGUGCUAAUAAAGCAUGUGCUCUCGGCAAUUCCGACGCAUCUUCUAUCCGCUGCGGUCAUUCCGAUGGCUGUUUUUAAGGCUAUUGAGCGGGUAUGCGCUAGUUUCCUGUGGGGAUCGUCUGGCGAGCUGAAUAAGCAUCAUUGGAUAAAGUGGUCCCAGCUUUGUUAUCCGGAGGAGGAGGGAGGCGCGGGAUUUCGGCGGGUCCGAGACGUAUAUAAGGCUUUCUCAUGUAAGUUAUGGUGGAUCUUGCGCACAGGAUCGUCUUUGUGGGUAUCCUUCAUGAGGGCAAAGUAUUGCAAAGGGGUUCACCCAUGUCAGGUGGGUUGGGCUCAAUCUGCUUCAGCAACAUGGAGGCGCAUGCUUGAUGUGAGCCGCCAGAUGGAACUAUCAAUGUUAUGGUUGUUAAAUGGUGGGGGCUGUGACUUUUGGUAUGACAACUGGGUGGGGAGUGGAGGUCUUUUCCUUAGAGCCCCAGUGGUGCCAGCCAGUUCAUUUGCAGAUGUUAUGACUAAUGGUGCCUGGGACAGUGGACGUUUGUUGCAGAUUCUUCCAUCAGGCAUUGUGGAUUUGGUGAUGAAAACUCCGGUUCCAAGUGGGAGGGGGACAGACCAAGUGGUAUGGAUGCCUACGAAGUCGGGGGCAUUCACUUUGGCAUCUGCGUAUCAGGAGGAAAGGCAGGGACGCACUAGCUCGCUGGUGUUGUCCCGUAUAUGGCAGGCUAGGAUACCGUUGAAGGUAUCUUUUUUCAUGCUACGCUUGCUUAUGCGGCGCUUACCGUUAGAUAAUGUUCUAGGUGAGAUGGGUUUCAAGUUGGCGUCAAAAUGUUUUUGUUGUGUGGAUGCAACGGGUGAGACGCUGGAACAUGUAUUCUCCACGGGACAAUUGGCACUGGAGGUCUGGAAUUACUUCCAGAGUAUAUGUCGUAUAGCUAGUGAUAGCUCUAGCAUUAGGUCACAUUUGUUUGCCUGGUGGAUGUCAUUGGCUCCGUCGGGCGAGCAGAGAUUCAUCUGUUCUGUUACCCCGAUAUUUAUUUGUUGGAACAUCUGGAAGGCUAGGUGUCGAGUGGUGUUCGAUGGGGCAAGGGUUCGGGCGAAGGAGAUAUGUGGUGCAGUAUUCCAGGAUGUGAAGGCGGCAUUUGAGAUCCAUUUCAAGGUGGCCGUUCAAGGGAGUAAUUUCCAGGUAUUCUAUACGGGAGUGUCUCAAGCGCCGUAUUUGUAUGAGUGCAAGAUAGUCCGCUGGGAGGCAGGGGGAUAUGGAUGCACGACGCUUAAUACGGAUGGUUGUGCUAAGGGUAACCCUGGAGUGAGCGGUGGAGGUGGAGUGCUUAGGGAUUCCGGUGGCCAUGUAUUAGUGGCUUUUUCGGCUUACCUGGGUGAGGGUUCUAGUCUUCGCGCUGAAACGCUGGCCGCCUUAUUGGGGAUUCAGCUGUGUCUUGGAAAGGGAGUUGGCCCCAGGGUGAUUCAGUCUGAUUCGUUGUUGCUAACGGAAAUCCUCAAACGACGCUAUCACUGCCCCUGGCACAUUAGGAGAGAAGUGGAGCAAAUUUGGCACUUGGUAGGGGAGGCUAGGUUCGUGCACUGCUACAGAGAGGCGAAUAAGGUUGCUGAUAUUUUGUCCAACGUGGGUGUCUCUCAUUCGCAACAGUUGGUUAGAGUUUAUGAUAGUGAGCUGGAUCUUCCCGUGUUGGCUCGGGGGGAGGUUAGGUUAAACAGAUUGGGAUUGCCAUCAAUUAGACGUGUUAGGCUGAGACAAGUGUAG